AUGUCGAGCCAGCCGUUAUUGCAAACGGCUCCGGGCAAGCGGAUCGCCCUCCCGACGCGAGUCGAGCCCAAGGUGUUCUUCGCCAACGAGCGGACCUUCUUGUCGUGGCUCAACUUCAGCGUGAUCCUCGGGGCGCUGGCCAUGGGCAUGCUCAACUUCGGCGACCGCCCCGCCUUCAUCAGCGCCUUCCUCUUCACCGGCGUCGCCAUGGCCGCCAUGGUGUAUGCCCUCAUCACCUACCACUGGCGCGCAAAGUCAAUACGCAUGCGCGGCCAGGCCGGCUUCGACGACCGCUUCGGCCCCACCUUCCUGGCCGUCAUCCUGCUGCUCGCCGUGGUGGUGAACUUUGUGCUAAGGAUCACGUAUGAUGGGGGGAACUGA